AUGACUGCAGAUACAGACGUGGAUACAGGUAUAGUGAUGGAGCGUGGGGAAGAAGGGGCGGAGGCAGAUGAGUACUGGGCGACGCUUUAUCAUCAGAGCCGAGAACGUGGUACCUUAAAUCUCAGCGUGAAAUCAAGCCACCGCUCGCUGUGGAUCAGCCUGCCUGCUCCCACUCGGGCCUGUGACAUCCCUUUUCGGUGGCCAGGGUACCAAUUAGAUUUCACCCUAGUAACGCGCAGGUCCUCGAUAGCCUCUUCACUUUACCCUAGUACGUCUUUGAGCACCUUGCACUGUCGAUCCUUCAUCGGCCGGUGUCCGCCGGCCCUGAACUUUACCUCCACGUUGACCAUCCUGCCCUCUGAAAUCCCUGCUCCACCUCCCACCGCACUCCCAGAUCUGCAGCCGAGUAUGUUAGGUUUGGCUGACUCAAACGGCGCUCCGCGCCCACAGGCCUGCGGCGUCCCUCUGACCUCCGCUUCGCCCGUGAAGUCCUUCCUUCUCGGCCCCCAGGCGCGCGGCUUCCUCUCCCCUUUCCGCUCUGGUUCCGCCGUCAUCCGUGUUUCGGUCUUUGCCUAG